UAAAGCCAUCUUUACGAAUUUCAUAUUUUUUGGUCAUGAGUCUACAGUUAUAAGAAUAUCUUGUAAACACUCGUACGUCUAUGGGAUAUCUUGACACUGCUCUUUCACUUACUUUUGGAGGUUAGGUUCAAAACCGGGCGGGUAUACUUUUGUCAGUUGUGUGUAAAGCGUAUUACAUUUUCAAAAUAAGAUGCCUUCUGUAACAUUAAAAGAUGUUGAUCAACACAGAUUUGUAAAGGCUUUUGCUGCCUUUUUGAAAAAGACUGGAAAAAUGCGAGUUCCAGAAUGGGUUGAUAUUGUAAAAUCUGCACGUUUCAAAGAACUUGCCCCAUAUGAUCCUGAUUGGUAUUAUAUAAGAUGUGCUGCUUUAGUGAGACACAUUUACAUUCGUAGUCCAAUUGGUGUAGGAGCAGUGACAAAAAUCUUUGGUGGACGUAAACGUAAUGGCACCCAUCCCAGCCACUUCUGUCGUUCUGCUGGUGGUGUAGCUCGCAAAGCACUUCAAAGUUUAGAGCAACUGAAACUGAUUGAAAAGGCACCACUUGGAGGACGUAAGCUUACCAGCCAGGGUCGUAGGGACUUAGAUCGCAUUGCAGCACAGGUCAAGGCAAAAAGCAAAAAACAACUUAAGUUACAAGAGACUCUCGUCCUUUAAUUUUUUGUUUUUAUAAUAAAAAUUAAAAAACUCAUA